AUGCGCUCAGAGGCCGACUGGAUUGCUCACUGCGCGAGGUGGGACUCGAUGCCGGCGAGCCCGGGCAACUGCCUCACGAACAUCGAUGCCAUUGGCAAUGUCUUUAUCAUCGAGGGGGUGGACAAGAAGCAGCCGAUCUACGUGGCCACCAGUUUGGAGGAGGCGGCGGGAGCAUCCGAAGGCCGCCUGCGAAAGGUUCGUGGUCUCUCGACGUUGACAGCCUACCGGCUCGUGUCGAAGGAGACGAUCGCGGCAGACGUCAUAGCUCCGUUCGCCGGUAAGCGAGAGCUCCUUGCCUACAUCGAUCUACUGGUCUGCGACCGGGCGUCGCGUUUCGCGGGCAACUCCGUCUCCACCUUCUCCGCUUACUUGCUCAUGCGCCGCCGGCAUAUUGGUCUGCAGCGCGACGACUUUUGGUACAAUGGUGGGCCCAUUCCUCUGCAGUCGAUGAUGACGGGGCUGCUUGAUCCACUCAGCACCUCGACGGAGCGGCCGCUGAAGUGGGUCUUUACCAUCAACGCCAACCCGACCGAGGCUUUUGAGCGCGCGUGCAAGCUCGCCGUCACCUCCGCUUUGGCGGUCACGACGCUGGUCCCGGUCUGCAUCUUCAAGGGAGAGCAAAACUACCUAUCGGACUGGCUGGCCCAGCGUGGAGUUCGGAUCAUCUUCUACUCGUCGGAGCCCUCCUGGUCACCUUCGAUCCACCGUGCGUUCCUCACGGGAGUUGGCGCCGACGAUGCGGCCGCGGGCAACGCCUCCGCCGGACGACACACGUCCACCAACUUUCGCAGCGCCGAGACCAUGGCCACAACCUUCCUGCGCAUCGACAUUCCCGCCCUCGGCUUUGUGGAUGAGUAUGUGCUCUACGCUGACGUCGACGUCCUCUUCACCAACGACGUCUCCCUCGCCCACUUUUGGCCGCCCCCUGCGAUGCUCGCUGUCGGCACAGAAGCCGCCGAUCGCCCAACGCGAAGGACGAGUCGGGGCCCCAUCUUCUACUCGAAUGCGGGGGUGAUGCUGCUCAAUGUCGAAGCGCUCCGCAAGACGUACUCGUGUUUCGUGCGGGAGACCUUCUCGGUGGAGAAUGUGCAGCGCGGCCUCGACUUCGGAAGCUACGGCCCGCUUGACCAGGGCGCGUACAACCGAUUCUAUCAGCAGAUGCUUGACGCGGAGCUGGGCGGCGUGUGCGCGGCGGCGGAGGGCUUCGUCGUGCUGACGGCGGGCGAGCCGGAGGAGAUCGACUUGUCCGUGGAGGAGGAGGAGUGGGGCGCGGGGGACAUUGGCGAGGCGGGCGAGGAGAGCGGCGAGGAGGGCGAGGAGGAGGAGAGCGAGGAGGAGGAGGAGGAUAGCGGUGAGGAGGAGGGUAUGGAAGAUGACGACGAGGAGUAG